AUGAUUCUUUCUUCAAUCGGAAAGAGAAUUUUGAUCGGCGUAAUAAUCUCGUUGUUGUUGGUGGUGGUGGUUCAAUCCUCUGCGGCGGCGUUAAACGGUAACACGAUGAAGAUUCACCCUGCUCCGCGAAAGCGCAACAUCACAAUCCAAUUCGGAACCAACGGCAGCAACCCCGCAUCGGAGGCUCAGGCUCUGUUAGGAAUCUCCGGUAAGAAAUUAAGGCGUCUGCCACACGUUUUCAGCCGCGUAUUGGAACUUCCGUUUCGGUCAGAUGCGGAUGUUGCGAUUGAAGAGGAGGCUGAUUGUUUCCGGUUUGUGGCGGAGACGGAGGGAAUCGGGGAGGUGAGGACUCAUACGGUGGAGAUCCAUCCUGGUGUGACGAAGAUCGUUGUGAGAGAUGGGGAGUCUUUGGAGUUGUCGCUUGAUCAGUUGGAGAUUGAUAUGUGGAGGUUUAGGUUGCCGGAUUCCACGAUGCCGGAGCUUGCGAGUGCGGUGUUUGUUGAUGGGGAGUUGAUUGUUACGGUGCCGAAGGGGCAUGGACAUGAUCUGCAGAAUGUUGAUGGUGGUGAUAGUGGUAGAGGUAUGGGUGGUAGACUUGUGCUUGUACAGUGA